AUGCGUUUCUUUUGUUUAUUUGUGUUUGUGAUUGCUUGUGUUAAUGCUGCACCGAAACUAAGUGCGGUGUUCAAUCCAGCUUUUGAUCCAGGCUAUAAUGAAUAUUAUGAUCGUCCAAAGUAUACCUAUAAUUAUGGAGUUGCAGACCCCUCUACUGGGGACGUAAAGUCCCAACACGAGACAAGAGAUGGAGAUGUUGUCAAGGGCCAGUACUCUCUUGUGGAGCCAGAUGGCUCAAUAAGAACAGUAGACUACACUGCAGACUCAAUACACGGCUUCAAUGCUCUGGUUUCCAAGAGCAGUCCUAGUCUACACGUGACCCCACAAAUCCAUCGACAGCCGAUACAGCCCGUCAUACAAUAUGUCGCGAAACCUGUGGCCGUACCUGUACAAGUGCAGAAACAAUUUAUACCCGAAGUUUAUCCGUCCGCCUCACCAUUUUUAUAUCCGAAAAUAGGUGCCAUUCAGUUUCCCGAAUAUGAUAAUUUCGACGGCUUUGAUGGACCACCUCAACAAUAUUACUGA